CUUGAGGCUCUGGCUGUUUAUUGUUCCUUCCUCAGCGCCGACUGACAAAAACAGGCUAACAAGCUGUCAGCUACCUUUUUCACACGGUUCACGGUUGGUUAAACGAAGGUGUAACGGUUGAGACAGCUGACUGCACAAACCAGGGGCCAUGGCUUAUGCGUACCUCUUCAAAUACAUCAUCAUCGGAGACACGGGUGUGGGGAAGUCAUGUCUAUUACUACAGUUCACAGACAAGAGAUUUCAGCCAGUUCACGACCUCACUAUUGGUGUGGAGUUUGGAGCGAGGAUGAUCACUAUAGAUGGCAAACAGAUCAAACUGCAGAUCUGGGAUACGGCUGGUCAAGAGUCGUUCCGGUCCAUCACCAGGUCUUACUACAGAGGAGCAGCAGGAGCACUGCUAGUCUAUGACAUCACAAGAAGGGACACCUUCAACCACUUGACGACCUGGUUAGAGGAUGCUCGCCAACAUUCCAACUCCAAUAUGGUCAUCAUGCUUAUUGGCAACAAGAGUGACCUGGAGUCAAGGAGAGAGGUGAAGAAAGAGGAAGGUGAAGCAUUUGCCAGAGAACACGGCCUCAUAUUCAUGGAGACCUCAGCCAAGACUGCCUCUAAUGUGGAGGAGGCUUUCAUCAACACAGCCAAGGAGAUCUAUGAGAAGAUCCAGGAGGGAGUGUUUGAUAUCAACAAUGAGGCUAAUGGUAUUAAGAUUGGACCCCAGCAUCCUACCACCAACUCUACACUGUCCGGUAGCCAGGGAGGCCAACAGGCUGGAGGAGGCUGCUGCUGAAGCCUCAAGACACACUUCCUCCUCCUCCUUCAACCCCAACCCUUCUCUUCCUCCUCCUCCCCACCCUCUCCAACCCUCCCUUACGUUUCUACAGAAUUGUCCAGGCUCACUAACAGUUUGUUAACCUCUCUCUCUCUCUCUCUCUCUCUCUCUCUCUCUCUCUCCCUCUCUCUCUCUCCACUUCCAUUCUUUCAUCGACCAUCCCUCCCUCUCUUUGUCUUUUUCUCUCUUUCAGCCAUGUCUUUCCUAAGUCUCUUGACCUAACUAAGGCUCCAGAGGCUAUGUCCCCAUAAACCAACCUGACUUCCUACAGUCUUAGGAGGACAGAGUCAGUUUCACCAAACUCUGAAGUUUUGCAGUUGACCUUUUUUUUUUUGGUUAGAUAAACUGAUUUUAAUCUUGUUAUUUAAAGAAAAAUCACCCAAGCUGGAAUGCGAAGGAUUCUAUUCCAGCAGUUUAAUUUACACAUUCCUCUUAAUUCAUGAGGAUUUACCCCAUAAUCAUACAUUUAAAAAAAUCAAAAAAGUAUCUUCAGUAACUGUGAGCUGACUUUGUCCAAAUAGAGGCAGGAUUGCAGGUAGAGAUUAAACACACUCUUAACAACUGACUGUAUGGAAUAAACCAUGCGCUGUGUUGUGUCUAUACACACAUCUGUACAUGUUUUUUUUUUAUGACACAGCACGUUGAUGGCAGGACAUGUCUCUACAUGUUCAGUCAGUCUUCAUGCUGUGCCUGUGUGUAUAGGGAUGAUGUAGGUAUUCCAGUAUGUCACUAUGUAAGGUGUAGGAGGCAUUCAAGUCACUCUGUAUUUUGUGUCCAGCAAAACAAAGUGCAAAUUAUGUUAUUUUGUGCUUCCUUUCCCUCUUUUUUAUGCUAUUUUGUUCUCUCUCUGUCCAUGUACCUUCUGUUGACUUGCAGAUUAGUUGUAUUUAAUGAACACUACAAACAUUUUCGCUUAAAAAGUGUUUUAAAUUGUCUGGGGAGAGAAUAAAAGACCAAACUGUUGAGUGUGAAAAUGAAUCCUUUUUGGGAGGACAGAAAAGAAAAUCAGCAAAGUUAAAGAAACGUUAAGGGAAGUUGAGAGCAUUAGUGACCGCCAUUAUGAAGUUAAGAAGUAAAAAGAUUGAAAAUUGAGGCUUUUUUUUUUGUUAACUAUAUUUAUCGGGCACAUUUCUGUGUAUAUAUGGCUCUUUAGUUUUCUGUAGCUUUUUUGGCUGUUUAAGGUGAAGCUUGGCAUGUUGUGGUGUAGUUUUUACCAGGGGCUGAAGAAGAGGCCAUUUUGGACAAACAGCUUUUUAGCAUUUUUAACAAUUCUCAUUUAAACCCAAAGGUACUGAGCCGCCCUGUUACAUUAUGGCCGGCGGUGCCCUUUAUUUUAGAUGACAAGUAUGAAUGAUAACAGGCUGUUAGCAGAACCAUGUAGAGGCAUUGAAAGUCCCUGGUGGAGAGCAGACUCCACUGAAAAUGUCAAGGCGUCUCCCUAAGAUUUCCACCAUGAAUUAGCUGGCAGAUAUAUAAUGUAUACUGUUUAGAGCUUGACUGAUGACUGCUGCAAUGUUUUGGGUUUUUUUUUUUUUCUUGCUUCAAGAUCCCCAAUGUAAUAGUCACCAUUUUACUGUUAUGAUCAUAUUUACAACUUCAAUUACUUAUUGUUCAUCCUUACUUCUCAUGCCCCCUACUCUCUCUUCCUGUCUUUCUCAGACUCUGUGGUAACAUUAGCUCUGUACCUAUUUUUAAUGCCAAAUUAUUGUGUUUACCUGUGUUUUGUCAAAAAAAAAAACAAAAAAAACAAGGAAAAGAAUCAGCUAAACCCCUGUAAUCUGUUCUGAAAUCAGCUGUCUGCCUUAACUCCACCCUC